CCCCCCACACACACACACAAAACAAACAUUUAAAACUAGAUUCACUGAAGACUCAAAGACUUUUGAAGGUACACAAAAGCAACGUUCUCUUCCUUUCUUUCGACUAAUCCUGACCUCUCUCUUUAGCAGCUUUCUCAAGUGAUUUACAAUACAGAUAAGAAAAGCUACUUAGAUCUAUCCGGUUUUUUUGUUGGGAAACUCAAACCCCCACCCCUUCUCGCGUCUCUAGGGUCCCACCACCACCAGUCACCGUAGUUACCACACUCCUGUAGUCCCCUCACGACAGUUAGUCCUGACCCCAUGACCCAGGCACCGCACAUACAGUCAGAAGUAAUCUAGAAAAAAUGUGGUCUCUGCGCGGUUCUGCAAAUAGCCAAGGAGAUAGAGGUCUCUCUGCCAAUUUGCAAUGUCACUGACCGUGGCCAAGUCCUGUUUGCCCUCGCUGGCCAAGGCGAUUUCACGUUGACGGCUUGUUCAGCUGAUCCAGGUAGCCCCCACACGUGCCCCAAGGAACGCCACACACAUUUGAGAUCGUUUAGCAGUUCGGCGCAAAUUGUGUUUAAAGCUGUCUGAGCAAAGAUACCGAGCAAGAGGUUAACCAAAUUUGACGAAAAAUCGCCAAGCUCGGGGCGACAAUUUGAAAGCUUUUCUGACAGCCACUGUGCCUCCAUUAGUGUCCAUCUUUACUUUUACUGAGAGUAACGAACUAAAUGACUUAAAAGCUAAACAUUGUUUGAAUUUGUUUAAUGCCGCUAGAGUAAAGAUAAAUACAGUUUUAAACAAUUAAAGAAAACUUUCAUAAUAGACACAAGUCGGUCUAGAUCUAUUUCCUUUCUGAAAGGAGCAGAUCAUAAUAUUAUUUACCGUGGCUGUCAACGGUUUUUCAUCCUCAAAUGAGAGCUGGAAGACCAUCGAUAGCGAACGAAUAGUAUAGUUAACUCUAAACAGUUCUCUCCCUUACAUGUAUGUAGAGAAGACAAAAAAGCAACAACUUUUAAGCGUACGAUUCCCUGAUUGGAUUUCUCCCUGUUAUAAAUUGUUAUUGCUAAACAGUGUACUUGUUUCAAGGAAAUACAUUUCGGUUCCUUUGUCGGAAUUUAUUCACUCCUGGGACAAUCAAUACCAACCUGAGAGUGCUUCAGAUAUUAAAAGAUCGGAAACUGUCAUUUCUUGCCAAAGAUGACAGAUGCAGACAGCACGCCAUACGGACAGGGUUCUGAGCCAGUGUCCAGUGUUUGGCCUGACAGUCCACCACCUUACGAGAUGACCGUCAUCGAUGGAGAAAAGAAGCCAGUACCAGCCGCUGAUCUAGAACCAGAACCCAAGAUGAAUAAACGACAGAUCCUGAAGAACGUUUUUGUGGUCAGCUUGGGGUUUACCUUUCUCUUUACGGCCUUUUCUGCAAUGUCCAACUUACAGACCAGCUUGAACAAGGAAGAGGGUGUUGGAGCCUGGAGUCUGUCCACCGUCUACGUGGCCCUGAUCGUGUCCUGCAUGUUCCUGCCGGACUUCAUCAUCUCUCGCCUGGGCUGUAAGUGGACCAUCCCGCUGUCCAUGGUGGGCUACGUGCUCUACAUGGGCGCAAACUUCUACGCCGUCAAAG